ACCCGUCGCCGCAGUGACUUCUGGGAAGGAGAGAUCAUGGCGUCGGAGCCGAGCAAGACGGAGAUCCAGACUCUCUUCAAGCGGCUCCGGGCGGCGCCGGCGAACAAGUCUUGUUUCGACUGCGGCGCCAAGAACCCGAGCUGGGCCAGCAUCACCUACGGCGUCUUCCUGUGCAUUGACUGCUCGGGCGUCCACAGGUCUCUGGGCGUGCACCUCAGCUUCAUCAGGUCUACAGAGCUGGAUUCUAACUGGAACUGGUUCCAGCUGAGAUGUAUGCAAGUGGGCAGCAAUGCCAACGCGACUGCUUUCUUCCGUCAGCAUGGCUGCACUACCACAGACGCCAACGCUAAGUAUAAUAGUCGAGCUGCCCAGAUGUACAGGGAGAAGAUCCGGCAGCUGGCAAGUGCUGCUAUGGCCAAGUAUGGCACCGAUCUGCUGAUAGAUGGACUGAGUGGAGCCCCUGGGCAUUCCCCUGACAAGAGUGAUGCUGAUUUCUUCAUGGAGCACACACAGUCUUCCAGUACCUGGGAUGUAGCAGAUGCCAGCCAGAAUCCUGCAGAGUCUUCCUUGGAGAUGGAAAAAACAACAAGGUCAUCAGAAGGCAGUGAAGUGUCAUAUUCUAGUCAAGGCCCGUCAAUUGACUUGUUGAGCACGUCUCCUAAAGCUCCUCUAGACGUGUCCAUGUAUCUGUCAACACAAGAGCCUGCUCCUGCCAGAGAACUUAAAUCCUCUCUCAUUGGAAAGAAGAAGCCAGGAGCUGCCAAGAAAGGGUUAGGUGCAAAAAGGGGUCUUGGAGCCCAGAAGGUGAGCAGCCAGAGCUUUAGUGAGAUCGAGCGGCAAGCCCAGGUUGCGGAGCAACUGAGAGAGCAGCAGGCAGUGGAGUCCAGGAAACAAGCUGAGGAGUCCAUUGUUACCUCAAUGCGACUGGCUUAUCAGGAACUGCAACUUGAUCGGAAGAAGGAGGAGAAGAAACUUCAGAACCUCGAAGGGAAGAAACGUGAACAAGCCGAAAGGCUAGGCAUGGGCUUGGUAUCCAGAAGUUCUGUCUCACACUCGGUGAUGUCUGAGAUGCAAGUAAUUGAGCAGGAGACACCGCUGGCUGUAAAAUCUUCCCGCUCUCAACUGGACUUGUUUGAAGAUGCUGGAGGUUUCACAUCUGGACCCCCCAAAUAUAAAGAUAAUCCCUUCUCGUUGGGAGAUGCCUUUGGCUCACGAUGGGAAACAGACUCCUCAUGGGGUAUUGACAAAGAGCAGGAACCUGAGGUGACCAUUUCCAGUAUUCGACCCGUUUCAGAGAGACCCACUAGUAGGCGUGAGACAGAGAGCAGAACAUCAGCUGUGGAAUCAAAUGAAGCACGGCAAAAGUUUGCAGGGGCCAAAGCCAUCUCUUCAGAUAUGUUCUUUGGACGGGAGGCAGAUGCUGAGUAUGAAGCCAGAUCCCGCUUGCAGCAGCUCUCAGGCAGCAGUGCCAUCAGCUCUGCAGACUUGUUUGGAGAUGCUGAGAAUGUGCACUCAGGUGGCGUAUCAAUUGGGAAUGUCCUGCCUGCAGCUGACAUCGCACAGUUCAAGCAAGGAGUGAAAUCAGUUGCUGGCAAGAUGGCUGUCUUAGCCAACGGGGUGAUGAACUCCCUUCAGGAUCGUUAUGGCUCAUAUUGAUGACCCAGGGACUGCAGCUCAGAGGGAAGCCAGCAAGAGGCACUGAUGCCACCUUUGAUUGCCUGGAGUAAACUCUGCAGGAUUGUCUUAGUUUGUCUGGGGUGGGUGGGAAGGGGGGAAGGUAAGCAGAAAGGGUCAGGAGUUGGCUGUGCCCAGACUGCUUUCCAAAUAUCUCUGGAUUCCACUCUGUAUUAAAAUUCAGUGUGUCCUCAAACCCA